GAUUAUUGGUUAUGUUGGCUAACACAGCUGAUGUCGGUGUGUGUGCUGCGGUCCGACGGAUCCUUCUGCUGAUAGGCAUAGCGAAAGCUGAGGACUUCGGCGCCGGGGCCAAAGACCCAACUGCACAUUCGAAUCAAAAUCCCGACUUGAUCCACCCCACGACCAUCUCCUUCCGACCCACCAUCGGAAUCCGCUGAAUUUCUGCUCCCAAGGCAGCGAACGAGCCGGAGGGAGACGACUCGCACUCGCUUAGCCUGUGUAACCAAAGCACUACCGUCGAUUUUCGAUCCGUCCUCUCUUUUCGAGCAACUGGGUGUCAUCUUCAAUCUUCAGUUUCUCCUUCCUCGUACAUUCCAAUCACCUGGCUCCCUUGCCCGCCAGGUAGUUGAUGAAAUUCCUCACUGACAGGGACCCGCGAGUUUUUUCCAUUUUCAUUAGCUGGGGGAGUUGCAAAUGGUUCCUGGGAGGGAACUGUGUCGAAUCUUUCUUGAAGGGAGACGCUUUCGCAGCAUGUAUGCUCGGUUUUACAGCGCGAAAGUGGACCUGAAAGAGCUCCGGCCUAUGAUUCUGAAGAGGAUUGAAGGCAGGGCCCAGGAUUAUCCGGUCCCGGGUAUGGUUCCCGUCGCGCAGGAAGUGUUGAAGGCCAGGACUUUGCUCAUCCAGGGCGUGUCGACACUUCUCAGGUUCUUCCCAGUUGCAGCUUGCAAGUUCUGUUCGGAGGUAUAUGUAGGUGAAAAGGGACACCUAAUUCAAACAUGCUGUGGUUAUAGGCGUCGUGGCAAAAAUCGAGUUCACGAAUGGAUCAGUGGUGGAAUAAAAGAUAUUCUUGUACCGGUCGAGUCAUUUCAUCUUAAAACGAUGUUCCAAGAUGUCAUAAAGCACCAUCAGCGGUUUGAUUAUGAUCGUGUACCUGCUGUUGUUGAGCUAUGCUAUCAGGCUGGAGCUGAUUUACGUGACGAGAAUCUAGAGUGCAUGCCUGGAUCUGAUGAUGCUCAGAUCGAUAGCAAUGAAGCUGAGGUUGUCUCGGCUGACGAUCUGAUAUCGAUAGCAAAUGGGACUUUGAGGGCAUGGGAGACGCUUAGGUCUAGUGUGCAGAAAUUAUUAUUAGUUUACCCGGCAAAAGUCUGCAAGUAUUGUUCAGAGGUCCAUGUUGGGCCAUCUGGCCACAAGGCUCGGGUAUGUGGGGUAUUCAAGUACCAGAGUUGGCGUGGUGGUCACUUCUGGAAGAAGGCUGAGGUAGAUGAUCUGGUGCCCUUGAAUAUUGUUUGGUUCCCUCGACCUCAAGAUCCUCAUGUGCUGGUAGACGAAGGACGGAAUUUCUAUGGUCAUGCACCUGCUGUGGUGAGUUUAUGUGUGCAGGCUGGUGCUGUUACUCCAGCCAAGUACCAUUGUAUGAUGAAAAUUCAAGGUCAAACUGCGCCUAUUUCAACUGAGCUUUGAAGCACAAUAUGGAUUUGAUUACAGUUCGGAUGCUCUCAUCUUGCACAGGUCUUAUACCUGCAGCUGCAGAUGCUUGAGGCAAGCACCCACCAACAGAUUGAGAAAUGAAGAAUAACCAUUUUAGAUAAUAAAGUUAAUGGCAGAGAAGGGAGAAAAUUUCCUUUUUACAGUGAAAUGACCAAUGAUUCCACAGUUGCCUGUCUCAGUUUUCUGUUGAUCUGGCAGCAUGAUGGUGCACCCCUUACUAUAUCACAAGUCCAUGGAUAACAAUUAACAUGCCAUUUUGACCUAUUAUCUGUUGCUUUUCCAGUUUCUCUAAUUGAUCAGGCAAGCUCAAAUGAGGCAAUGGGUAAGGAGAGAAUUUAAAGGGGACAAAACUUAUUCUUUUUCAUCUGUUUCUGAUGUCUGAUGUUGGUAUAGUAUGAUUAGACAGAAAUGGCUGGAUAUGCUUUUGUGUCAUUGUACUGUAUGAAGAUUGGAAAUGGCUCCCUGAUUGCCACUCACCAGAAUAAUAAAAGAUGCGGAUGAUUCGGUCUUUGCUGCUA